CGCAGUUCUUGAACCGUCAGGGAGGUGCGGUUUAUUCCCGAUGAUUGUGUUUGGUUUAUGAUAACGAGCAAAAACUGUCAUUUAUAAUAUUUGAAGGCGUGGUUUUUAUUUAAUUCUUUAAGCCAAAUUAGUAACUAAUUUCUAAAUUCGUCGUUAGAUUUUUUAUUAAAUAAUUAGCAACAUGACCGGGAGGUUACCAGCCUGUGUUAUCGACGUCGGUACAGGUUACACUAAGCUAGGAUUCGCAAAUAACAAAGAACCACAGUUCAUUAUACCUUCCGCUAUAGCAAUAAAAGAAACAGCCAAAGUCGGCGAUCAAUCCAGUCGAAGACUCUGUAAGGGAGUUGAAGACUUAGAUUUUUUUAUAGGUGAUGAGGCUUUCGACGCCACCGGAUAUGCGGUCAAAUAUCCGGUACGCCAUGGGUUGGUCGAAGAUUGGGACUUGAUGGAACGAUUUUUAGAGCAAUGUAUUUUUAAAUAUUUGCGAGCAGAACCAGAAGAUCACUACUUUUUGUUAACUGAGCCGCCAUUAAACACUCCAGAAAAUAGAGAAUAUACUGCAGAAAUUAUGUUCGAGUCUUUCAACGUACCUGGGCUGUACAUAGCUGUACAAGCUGUUCUAGCUUUAGCUGCUAGUUGGGUAGGACGUAGUAUUGAAGAAAGAACCCUAACUGGUAUUGUCAUUGAUAGUGGAGAUGGUGUGACACACGUUAUUCCUGUCGCCGAAGGCUACGUUAUCGGUAGUUGUAUCAAACACAUUCCUAUCGCCGGUCGCAACAUCACCUACUUCAUCCAAUCACUCCUCCGUGAGCGUGAAAUCGGCAUCCCCCCCGAACAAUCGUUAGAAACUGCCAAAGCAAUCAAAGAAAGACACUGUUACAUCUGCCCCGAUAUCGCAAAAGAAUUCGCCAAAUACGACUCAGACCCGGGCAAAUGGAUGAAGAAAUUCGAGGGAAUGAACUCGGUCACGAAACAGCCUUUCACCGUCGACGUCGGCUACGAAAGAUUCUUGGGACCCGAGAUCUUCUUCCAUCCUGAAUUUUCCAACCCGGAUUUCACCAUCCCCCUGUCACAGAUCGUCGACGAUGUCAUCCAGAACUGCCCGAUCGACGUGCGCAGGCCUAUGUACAACAACAUCGUGCUCUCUGGGGGUUCCACCAUGUUCAAGGAUUUCGGCAGGCGGCUGCAGAGAGACAUCAAGAAAACGGUUGACGCUAGGUUGAAGCUCAGCGAGACGCUAGGGGGCGGGCGGUUGAAGCCUAAACCGAUUGAUGUCCAAGUAGUGUCACACCAUAUGCAACGGUACGCUGUGUGGUUUGGAGGAAGCAUGCUGGCGUCAACGCCUGAAUUUUACACAGUUUGCCACACAAAAGCUGCGUACGAGGAGUACGGUCCCAGUAUUUGCAGACACAACCCAGUAUUCGGAACAAUGACAUAAAUAAAUUACUUAAGUUAUAAAUUUAUUAUUGUGCAUUUUUAUUAUGAAAUUUAUAGAUAAUAUUUUAAUCAAUUUGUGAAAUAUAAUUUUAAUUAAAAGAUAUAUUAGUUC